UAAGAAAGCAGGAAGUACUAUCCGCGACCCCGGCCGGGAGACAGAGGAAAGAAAUCGGUACUACUGAACUUACUUGCCCCGAACCCUGCAUCUCCCCGGCGCGUCUGAAACACUAGGUCAGCUAUGGGCAAGGGAGGAGGCACAUUUGAGAGGUUAUUAGAUAAGGCCACCAGUCAGCUGCUUUUAGAGACGGACUGGGAGUCCAUCUUGCAGAUCUGUGACCUCAUUCGCCAGGGAGACACCCAGGCCAAGUACGCCGUCGGUGCCAUCAAGAAGAAGCUGAACGACAAGAACCCGCACGUGGCCCUGUACGCGCUGGAGGUGUUGGAGUCUGUGGUGAAGAACUGUGGCCAGACAGUCCAUGAUGAGGUGGCCAGCAAGCAGACCAUGGAGGAGCUGAAGGACCUGCUGAAGAAGCAAAUUGAGCCAAACGUCAGAAACAAGAUCCUGUAUCUGAUCCAGGCCUGGGCCCACGCCUUCCGCAACGAGCCCAAGUACAAGGUGGUGCAGGACACCUACCAGAUCAUGAAGGUGGAGGGUCACGUGUUCCCGGAGUUCAGGGAGAGUGACGCCAUGUUUGCAGCGGAGCGGGCCCCUGAUUGGGUCGAUGCAGAGGAGUGUCAUCGUUGCAGGGUUCAGUUUGGGGUUAUGACCCGCAAGCACCACUGCAGGGCGUGUGGUCAGAUCUUCUGUGGAAAGUGCUCCUCUAAGUACUCCACCAUCCCCAAGUUCGGCAUCGAGAAGGAAGUGCGAGUAUGUGAGCCCUGCUUCGAGCUGCUCAACAAGAAGGCGGAGGGUAAAGCAAGCUCAGCGGGGCCGGGUGAGCUCCCCCCCGAGUACCUGACCAGCCCACUGUCCCAGCAGUCUCAGAUGCCCCCCAGGCGGGACGAGGCAGCUCUGCAGGAGGAGGAGGAGCUGCAGCUGGCCAUCGCCCUAUCGCAGAGCGAGGCGGAGGAGAAGGAGAGGAUGAGACAGAAGACCUCGUACUCAGUGUACCCCAAAGCUGAGCCCCCCCCGGUCACCUCCUCUGCACCCCCAGUCAGCACCCUGUACUCCUCUCCUGUGAACUCUUCUGCACCCUCUGCUGAAGAAGUGGACCCAGAGCUGGCUCGAUACCUGAACCGGACCUACUGGGAGAAGAAACAGGAAGAGGUGCGCAAGAGCCCCACCCCUUCCGCCCCUGCCCCUGUGCCAUUGGCUGAGCCCCUGCCAAUCAGUCAGCCUGUGGAACCCCACCUUCCUAUUCAGCCAAUUAGCAUUGUAGAGCAGCAGUACCAGAACGGCGAGUCGGAGGAGAACCACGAGCAGUUCCUGAAGGCGCUGCAGAACGCCGUCACCACCUUCCUGAACCGCAUGAAGAGCAACCACAUGCGCGGCCGCAGCAUCACCAACGACAGCGCCGUGCUCUCACUCUUCCAGUCCAUCAACAACAUGCACCCACAGCUGCUGGAGCUGCUCAACCAGCUGGACGAGAAGCGCUUGUACUACGAGGGGCUGCAGGACAAGCUGGCGCAGGUUCGAGACGCGCGGGCGGCGCUGAACGCCCUGCGGGACGAGCACCGCGAGAAGCUACGGCGGGCGGCUGAGGAGGCGGAGCGGCAGCGGCAGAUCCAGCUCGCCCACAAGCUGGAGAUCAUGAGGCAGAAGAAGCAGGAGUACCUGGAGAUGCAGAGGCAGCUGGCCAUCCAGCGGCUGCAGGAGCAGGAGAAGGAGAGGCAGCUGAGGCUGGAGCAGCAGAAACACACCAUCCAGAUGAGAGCCCAGAUGCCGGCUUUCCCCCUGCCCUACACACAGAUGCAGGGUCUGCCCCCCGGUGUGGCUGGGGGGGUGGUGUACCAGCCUGGAGCCCCCCCCAGCUUCCCAGGCACCUUCAGCCCCUCUGGGUCUGUGGAGGGGUCGCCCAUGCACACUGUGUACCUGAACCAGCCUGGGCAGGCUGGCGCUGGUCCGUACCAGGCCAUGCCCGCUUCUUCCACAGACCCAAACAUGGUGAACGCCUACAUGUACCACAGUGCUGGCUCCACAGGGCCGCCUGCCCCACAGGCUGUUCCUACCACUAGCCCCGCCUACUCCAGCUACCAGCCCACACCUACACAGGGCUACCAGACCGUGGUGUCCCAGGCCCAGUCUCUGCCCCCACAGGGCGCCCCCACCAAUGGCAUGGGCUACAUGAGCUACCAGCCCUACAACAUGCAGAACAUGAUAUCAGCGCUGCCCAGACAGGAUCCCAGCAUGGUCGCCCAGACACCCUACCUGCCAGGCCAGCAGCCUGUGUACCAGCAGAUGGCGCCCCCUGGUGGCCCCCAGCAGCAGGCACAGCAGCAGCAGCCCCAGGCAGCAGGCGGUGGGGAGGCACAGCUCAUCUCUUUUGACUGACGCCCUGACGCCCCCACCUGCUCCCUCAAGCCCCCCCCGGGCCCCGGCCAGUACACUACAGCUCAUCACUACACCUCCCUACCCAAAUAUGAGCGCAGAAGGCCACCCCCGGCGUCCAGACUCCCCCUCCUCCUGGUCUCAUCUCCUCCCCUCUCCACAGCUGGGGCUUGGGGGAGGGGUUAGACGGGACGUGGUGGGGGGGUGGAGCUCUUUAACCCUUUGACCUGUUGUAUGUAUGUUUGUAUGUACCGAGUGUUUUAAUUUGCGAGACAGAAUCUCUUUGGUUCACAUAGCGCUGUUAUGAAAUUAAACAAAGCGAAGGCGUAAACACAGACACAGGGAACCCUCCU